CUGUCGCUGGUCCACCCUGUUCUCGUCUUCUUUGCCAUCUCUCCUCUUGAGGCACUGCCCCACCCAUCUUUUCGUCCAAGAAAAAUGUCUUCUUUACUCCCCUCCCUUGGCUUUCUCUGCCACCUUCUUUCCUUCCCACCGAGAAAAAGAAGAAAGCAAGCCCUCCCACGCUUGAUUCCUUUUCCCUUCAUCCUCUUCUCCGAGAGCGCCCCGGCCCAGAGAGGUCUUCCCCUUGUUGCAAUGGGCUCAGCUUCACCCCGCUGCCAUGGCCUUCUCUUCUCCCUCCUCCUCCUCUCCUUCGUCGUCCACCAGAGGUCAGUGCGUGGGAGUGAUGAGCUGAGAGCUCUCAUGGAGUUGAAGGUCUCUUUGGACCCGGAGAACAGGCUCCUCACCUCGUGGACCAGCGAGGGGGAGCACUGCCGAGGUGACUUCGAGGGGGUGGCCUGCGACGAGAGCGGGAAGGUGGCCAACAUCUCUCUCCAGGGGAGGGGGCUCUCGGGCUCCAUCGCUCCGGUGGUGGCGGAGCUCGAGGGCCUCACGGGGCUCUACCUUCAUUUCAACAAGAUCUCCGGGGUGAUUCCGAGAGAGAUCGGGAACCUGUCUCGGCUGAGUGAUCUCUAUCUCAACGUCAAUAACCUCUCAGGCAGCAUCCCGGAGGAGAUUGGCAACAUGGGUGGCCUCCAAGUCCUCCAGCUUUCUAAUAACAAGCUGUCUGGGAGCGUACCCCCCAAGCUGGCGCUUCUGAAGAAUCUCAACAUGCUCGCCCUGCAAUCAAAUCACCUAAAUGGAGCAAUACCUGCGACCUUGGGAGAUUUAACCGAGUUGACAUGGUUGGAUGUGAGCUUCAACCAGCUUUUCGGUUCAAUCCCCGUCAAGCUAUCUCAGCUUCCUCAGCUGACGGUAUUAGAUGUUCAAAGCAACUUGCUUUCCGGCAACGUGCCUUCAGAACUCAAGAAAUUGGGCGGAAACUUCAAAUAUGGGAACAACACUGAUCUGUGCGGAACUGGAUUCACCGAUCUGAGGGCUUGCACUUCUGCUGACCUCCUCAAUGCGAGCAGACCUGAACCAUUUAGCGCCGGCCUGGCACCUCAGGACAUUCCACAAUCUGUUAAUAUCUCUGCAGAUUGCAGUGCAACCCACUGCUCCAGCUCUUCCAAGUCCACCAACGUAGUGAUCGUCGUCGCGACCACCAUAGUUGUCUUUGGAGUUAUGGUUUGUGGACUAAUGGCCUUCCUCUGGUUCCGGCUCCGGAAGCAAAAGAUUGGUGGUCUGUUUGAGGUCUCAAACGGUCUGCUUAGCGCUGAUCCGACCAAGUUCUCCUAUCGAGCUGCUUCUCCACUGAUUAGCCUCGAGUACUCCAGCCACUGGGAUCCUAUGACCGAUGAGAGGAGCGGCGGCAUUAAUGGGCUCUCUCAGGAGGUGUCUCAGAUCUACAGGUUCAAUCUGGAGGAGGUGGAGUGCGCGACUCAGUACUUUUCGGAGGUCAACUUGCUCGGGAAGAAGAGUAGCUUUGCAGCCACAUACAAGGGGAUACUGCGAGAUGGAACCCAGAUCGCAGUCAAGAGAAUCAACAAGACCAGUUGCAAGUCGGAGGAAGCUGAGUUCCUGAAGGGGCUGAGGACACUGACGUUGCUGAGGCAUGAGAAUCUUGUUGGAUUGAGGGGCUUCUGCUACUCGAGAGCGAGAGGGGAAUGCUUCCUUAUUUAUGAUUUCGUUGCUAAUGGGAGCCUGCCGGAGUAUCUGGAUGUGAAGGGAGAUGGGAUUCACAAGGUUCUCGACUGGCCUAUGAGAGUCUCUAUCAUCAAAGGCAUUGCCAAAGGCAUCGAGUAUUUGCACGGCGACAGAGCAAACAAGCCAUCUCUGCUCCACCAAAACUUAUCAGCAGCCAAGGUUCUCAUCGACCAUCAAUUCAACCCUUUGCUCUCUGGCUCCGGCCUGCACAAGUUACUGGCAGACGACGUGGUGUUCUCGUCCCUCAAAACAAGUGCUGCCAUGGGUUACAUGGCUCCCGAGUACGCCACCGUCGGCCGGUUCUCGGAGAAGAGUGAUGUGUAUGCCUUCGGGGUCAUCGUGUUCCAAAUCCUCACCGGCAACACGAGGACGUCUCACUUGAGACCGGAAGCCGAGUCUGGUAAACUCGAAGACCUCAUCGAUGAGAACCUCCAGGGCAACUACUCUAAGCCGGAGGCAGCUACAUUAGUAGGCAUUGCAUUGCUCUGCACUAGCGAGGUCCCGAGUCAAAGGCCCACGAUGGAGGCAGUGCUUCAAGAGAUGAGCAGCGGCAGCAACUGCUGUUGCAGACAGAUCUAAGAACUAGUUGUGUUCAUGUUGCUUCUCAUUUGAGUACAUACUUCCUUGAUCUUGUAACAUGAUUUAUCGGUACAUGACUUGAGUUUUAGCUGAGGGUAAAAGUUAUGGUCCUCUCAUGGCUCCUGAGAGAUUCUGAUAAGACCAAGUUUGUAUUCAUCUGAUCGCCACAAGUAUUAUGAUUCUCUUC